AUGACUACCGGUGGACCCAGCAUUGUGUUUGAAUGGCUGAAGACCCUCAGGCUCUCUCAGUAUGUGGAGUCCAUCGUGGAUAACGGCUACGAUGAUCUGGAAGGCGACGGUGUCUACAUACCGCACCACUGGCAAAGGUUCCAUGACGCGGUGCAAAGGCUGAAAGCUGAGGAUGAGGUGGCCGCCGGGCUGUAUUUCAUGCUUGAGCCAAUGCCCACCACGCCACCCAACAGCCACCUAUUGGACCAUUACGAGUCCAAACUCCUGGGUUCCAAGUCUUGGACCGAACCAAAUAGUGACCGGGUCGGAAGAAAUGGGGGCGUGUAUCUAGGCGCGCAGAGGAACCUGAUGCUUGGCAACCGGAGGGAGCUGGUGAUUUACCCCAAACUGAAGCUGAAGAUCAUGAUUAGGGAUAAAGUAAUCAGAGAUGGAGUCAACCUCGCCAGGCCGCCAUACCCAAACAAGGCCCAGUGCCAGUGUAAUGAGUGA